UUAUCGUCUCCCAUGGUUGGAAAUUCAGAUCUCACCGUAUUGACUCCGAUUUGAGAGCUCGAAGAGAGAGAAGGCUUGACUGCCGGUGAAGAUGGGAUUGCGGUCGGUUAGGUGGGUGGGUGGGUACCUAAGGAAGAGAAGCCAUGGUUUUUGGUGUGGGUUUCUGGACUGAGCUUGCAAUAUCCCACAUUCAUCUUUUCCCAGCUCCGUCAAUUUGCCAUCUCCAGGUUGAAAUGCAAGCUCCACGUGUCGGAGGCAAAGAAACCCACUACAGCAGGUUAUCCAGUUUUUUUUGGUGAUUUUAGUGAUUUUUCUUCACAAAUUAUUUUGAGCCAUUAGAUCAAAACCUUUAAAUCCAACGGUUGAAAGCUUUGAUGUAUUGAUACAAGAGAGCAUAUUAGAAUUUUCGUAACUUGCGAUCAUCUCUAGUAGUAGGUGUGCUGGUGUCUGCGGCCUACCUUUCCCCUCAACUAUUUGAUUUUUCUGUGGGAAACAGUUUUGCUGUGUCUGAGUUCCUAGUGUGUUCUCUGUGGCCCUGUUUCCACCUUGGCUUCGUUUAUGGUGUUUUCUUUCCCUUUGUUUUUCCUUGCCUCUGUUUUUGAAGUUUCUAUGAAAUUCAAUUGACCAAAAAAACUUGUGAUCAUCUCUCUCUUCUAGUACAUCUGAGCUGAGCCCUAACCCACCACAACACAAUGGAAUCUUAUCUUCUCAUGUAUUUUGAUUUUUAAAUUUUGUGUUGAUUGCUGCCCAGAAUCAAUUCUAGAUGUGUUGUUUUGAUUAAGCUAGCAUAUAAGGCCAGUAUGGCGUCAGUUUCAGCAGACCUCUUCAUGGGCAAAUUUGUAGCAAUUCUCGAGAGCCAAGCAGCCUCCAUAGCGGGUGUUGGUGAUCAAGUUGAUGAGAUUAAGCGGGAGCUGGAAUUCAUGAAAGCCUUCUUAGCGGAUGCUGAUGGGGGCUACAAAGCACACACACAAGUAGAGGAAGUGUGGAUCAGAACCGUUCGAGACUUGGCCAAUGAUGUUGAAAACAUCAUUGAAGAAUUCAUGUAUCACAUGUACGAGCAGCAAAUUGGCCGUGGAUUUGCCAGGUGGAUCCACAAAACCAUUCACUUUCCAAAGCACCUUUGGUAUAAGCGUAAAAUAGCCAACAAGUUACAGAAAAUCGCGAUGGCAAUUAGAGCUAUUACAGAGCGAAAUCAGAGAUAUGGUGGUGGUACAGCUGUAGAAGGAAAAAGUAUUUCUUCUGAGGAUAUUCGCAGAUGGGUGCAGAAUCAAGCGGAGUCUUCUCUUUUUCAUAAGGAGGAUGAACUCGUCGGGAUUGAAGGUGAUAAGAACUUGUUAAUGGGAUGGCUGAUGAACGAAGAGCAACGCCAAACUGUUGUGUCUGUGGUCGGGAUGGGAGGAUCAGGGAAGACCACUCUAGUUGCAAGGACUUUCAAAGAUGAAAUUGUAAAGAGACAUUUCGAAUGCUAUGCGUGGAUUACUAUUUCCCAGUCUUAUGUGAUUGAAGACUUACUUAGAAGAUUGAUCAAAGAAUUCCACAAAGCAAAGAAGAAAGAGGUCCCUGCGGACAUGAAUGCCAUGAGUUAUAACGAAUUGCUGGAGAUUUUGGUGAACUACUUGGAGACUAAAAGGUACCUAGUUGUAUUGGAUGACGUGUGGGAUGUCCACCUUUGGGACAAAAUAAGGUUUUCAUUUCCAGAUAAACAUCUUGGAAGUCGAGUCAUGCUUACAACUCGAAGAGAAGACAUAGCAUCCUCUUCUUUUGGAGUUGAAAGCCAUGUUCACAGGAUUCAACCGCUGGAAAGGGGUGAUGCGUGGGAGCUCUUCAACAUGAAAGCAUUCUCAAGUUAUCAGAACAAAUCUUUUUCACCUGAACUUCUGUCAUUAGCUCGGGAACUUGUGGAAAAGUGUGAAGGCCUACCACUCGCGAUUGUAGCCUUAAGUGGUCUCAUGUCUUCUAAGAAGUCACUUACUGAUUGGAGCAAAGUCUAUAAUAGCUUAAAUUGGCAUCUAACAAAUAAUUCUUUGUUAGAACCUAUGAAGAGCAUCUUGUUGCUUGGUUUCAAUGAUUUGCCAUACCGAUUGAAGCAAUGCUUUCUAUAUUGUUCCCUUUUCCCUGAAGAUCAAGUGAUCGUAAAUAAUAGGCUCAUCACAUUGUGGAUUGCUGAAGGAUUUGUUGAACAUGUCGAAGGGCUCACGCCAGAAGAAGUUGCAAAUAGCUAUCUUAUGGAACUCAUUUUUCGUAACAUGCUACAACAAAGGUUUCGAGGACCCUUCCCAGCAUGUAAGAUGCAUGAUCUUUUGCGGGAGAUUGCUCUGUCUAUAGCAAAAGAAGAAAAGUUUUGCGAUGUACAUGAUGAGAGUGAAACAAUGGAAGAAACUGGGGCACUCCGUUUGUCAAUUCAAACAACUAAUGGAGAAAUUGGAUCAUAUUUAAAUUUGAGUGGAACUCCAAUUACGGAGCUUCCGGAAUCCAUUGGACAGCUUGGCAACCUUCAGACCUUGAACAUCACGGGGACAAAAAUAGAGGCACUUCCAAGAGGGAUUUCCAAGUUGCUAAACUUGCGCCAUUUACUUGCGGGUAGGUUCAUUUCUGGAAAGGUAAUUUUUUUUGGGGUAAGAAUACCAUCAAGUAUUAGUAAGAUGAAGAAAUUGCAAUCUUUGGCAUAUAUUGAAUCAAAAGGAAACAUUAUUAGACUUAUUGGAAGUAUGACCCAACUUACGUUCCUUGGCAUUACAAAUGUGAAAGAAAGAGACGAGGAUGACCUAUGUGCCUCAAUUCAAGAAAUGAAGGUCCUUUCCCGCUUGUUUUUAUUUGUAGCUGAUGGAGAGGAAUUUCUUCGAGUUGACGCAUUGUCUUCACUGCCUCCCUACCUUGAUAGACUUAAAUUGGUCAGCAAACUGGAAAAGGUACCACAUUGGUUUUGUUCACUCCACUCUCUCACAUAUUUGAAUCUGCGUGGGUCUAGACUUGAAGAAGAUUUACUACCUCAUAUUGAAGCAUUGCCCUCUCUACGUUCUCUUUGGCUUGAUAAUGCCUAUGUUAGGAAAGAGUUAUGUUUCAACAGAGACUUUGUGAAGCUUUGGUAUUUGAGGUUUCAGAAUCUUGCAUUAUUAAAUAAGAUAACUAUAGAAAAAGGGGCGAUGCCAAAUCUCGAGUUCUUAGACAUUCAUAGUUGCAUGAGGUUAGAAACAUUGCCCCAGGGUAUUGAGCACCUUUCUCAACUACAACGAUACAAAUUUCGUAAUGUGUCAGAGUUGUUUAUGGAGUCCAUAAAAGAAGGAGGUGUGGAUCAUGCAAGGAUGCUACUCGUUGAUGAGAGAUGUAAGAAAUAUACAAACAAGUCCAGGGAUUGAAGAUUUUACCCAUGAGUUUAGGGUGGGAAGAACUUGUUCGUCUUGUUUU